AUGUCCACUCCCGCCCCUUAUACCUGGGACCCCCACCACGACUUCCCCCGUGACCUCACGGGCUAUGGGGCCGACCCGCCACCGGCCCCCUGGCCCUCCUCGGCCCUCCUCGCCCUCUCCUUCGUGAUCAACUACGAAGAAGGCGGCGAGCACUGUGUCCUCAACGGCGACGCGACGUCCGAAGCGUCGCUCUGGGAGUCCGCGGGCCGCUACCCGCCGCGCCAACAGGCCCGCGCCGUCAACGUGGAGAGCGACUACGAGUACGGGUCGAGGGUCGGGGUGUGGCGGAUCAUGAAGUUGUUCGAGAAGCACGGGAUGAAGUGGACGCUGUACGCGGUGGGCAAGGCGGUCGAGGCGAACCCCGAGGUGGCGUUGCGGACGAAGAGGGCCGGCGGCGAGGUGGCGAGCCACUGUUACCGGUGGGUGAACUACGAGGACAUGGACGCCGCGAAGGAAAAGGACAUGAUCCGGGCCGGGCUGGAGAGCCUGAGGGACGUGACGGGGGAGUACCCCGUGGGCUGGUACUACGGGCGGCUGAGCAGUAGGAGCAAGGCGCUGGUGUGGGACGUCUACGACGAGAUGGGGAUCCCGUUGCACUGGCAGAGCGACAGCUACGGCGACGACAUUCCGUACUGGGUGGACGUGCCGGCCGAGGGGAAGAUGAUCGAGCAAGGGAAGCGGAAGGAGGAGGACGCGAAGGGGAUGUUGAUGGUGCCGUACACGUACGACGUGAAUGAUUUCAAGUUCCACACGCCGACGGGGUUCGGGGGCCCAGGGGACUUUUUCACGCACUUGAAGAAUGCCUUUGACGUCUUGUACGAAGAGGGCCAGGAGGGAACGCCCAAGAUGAUGACGGUGGGACUGCAUUGUCGCAUCAUCGGCAAGCCCGGCAGAUUCGCCGAGUUGAAGAGGUUCUGUGAGUACGUGGCGACCAAGGACCGCGUCUGGGUCUGCACGAGAGGAAGCGCGAAUGACGAAAUCCAUGGACAUCGAGGCACAGCACCUGAGGCUAAAGUGUACAUAUCUAUCGAUGGGCGAAAUCGAGGGCAUCCAACCUUAUGUUGGAAGUCUAAUGGUUUUCUUUUCCCCUUCCAUAUAACGGUCAAACCCACCUCAGUCUCCUUGAAUGCAGAGGCUGCGACUCAGAGUCGGACAGACAAGAGUCUGGGCGAGUUUCCGAAAGCUUAUGAGGCUCGGGAAGAACAGAAAAACUCAUGGAACAGCCUGCUGAGCACGCUACACAAGCUGAGUCGAGCAUGCUCGCAAUCCAUGCUGGUCGAAAACUUCCACGAAGCGGUUUCUAAAGCCGAGAUGAGGCGUCAGGAGACAGAGAUGCUGGACGGGUUGCCAGACCAAAUCUAUGGGUUGAUGCAGCAGAUCCGACCUCAUGCCGUCCGACUGGUGGAUUCAUUUGCUUCGCCUGACUAUCUCCUUGACAGUGCCUUGGGCCGCCACAAUGGAGGAGUGUACGAAGACUUGUAA